AAAAAUGUAUUCAGUAGUAUAGGUACUUUUGAACAUGUCAAUCAUACUGAAUUUUGCUUGUUUCGUAAUUGUAAGUAACUAUGUUUUUGCCGAGCUGCCAAGUUUAUAUCAAUAUUACACUGAAGAUGGUAUUGACUAUGGAUUGGACGAUGGAGAUGUAUAUUUCAGAUUGAAUAACAAAAAUAUCACGUUGUUCAGUGGCGCACUUCACUACUUUCGAGUUCCUAAAGAAUAUUGGGGGGACAGAUUAAGAAAAUACCGAGCAGCUGGCCUAAAUGCAGUUGAGACGUAUGUUCCAUGGAACCUACAUGAAUACAAAAAUGGUAUGUUCGACUUUGGAAACGGUGGCAGUGAUUUUGAGGACUUUCUUGACGUUGUGUCUUUCAUUAAAUUAGCCAAAGAAGAAGACUUAUUUGUAAUUCUUCGCCCGGGGCCGUAUAUUUGUGCAGAAUGGGAAUUUGGUGGUCUACCUAGUUGGUUACUAAGAUAUGAAAGAAUAAAAGUGAGGACAACUGAUAUUCAAUACAUGUAUUUCGUCAGACGGUAUUUGAAAAAAUUGUUUAACUUACUUUCUCCCCUUCAAUUUACCAAAGGCGGGGCUAUAAUUGCUAUUCAAAUAGAAAACGAAUACGGUGACACGAAGGAUGGCGACAAACCAGUGGAUCGAGCCUACCUUGAACAACUUAAAGAUAUUUUCCAAGAAAAUGGCAUAGUUGAGCUCCUUUUCACGUCGGAUAAACCUUCGUUGGGAUUCUCGGGAACAUUACCAGGAGUUUUAGCUACUGCGAAUUUCCAGAACAACGCUACUAACGAACUUACCAUUUUGAAAAAAUUUCAACCACACAAACCCUUGAUGGUUAUGGAGUACUGGACCGGAUGGUACGAUCACUGGACGGAAACACACCAUACGAGAUCUGCUAAAGAAUUUGCGGGAGUAUUCGAAGAAAUUCUGUCUUUUGGCGCGUCUGUUAAUUUGUACAUGUUUCACGGAGGUACAAACUGGGGAUUUUUAAAUGGAGCUGACGUCAACGACACUUCUGUUGAUAAUGCAGGUUAUGAACCGGUUAUCUCUACGUACGACUACGAUGCUCCAUUAUCAGAAGCUGGUGAUUAUACGGACAAAUAUCAAAAAGCUAGAGAGAUCAUUUCCAAACAUAACAAAAUAAUGGUUAAACAACCAUCAAUGCCAGAUUUGAAGAAACGCGUUGUUUAUCCUCCAAUUGAUGUAACUGGUGAGAUCUCAUUGGAUAAUCUUCUUAGGCAGAGUAGAAUAAAAAUAUCUUGGAAUAGUACCAGAUUGAUUCCGAUGGAACUUCUUCCUAUUAAUGAUAAUUCUGGGCAAAGCUUUGGUUAUAUUGUCUACAAGAAGACAAAUAUAAAUAUUCCUAAAAAUUCUACUUUGACCAUAGAAGGUCGAGUUUGCGAUACUGUUCUUGUUCUUAUUAACGGAAAACUUAAAUCGAAAAUUUUGGAAACCAAGGAUGAUUUGGAAGGAUUUGGGUACUGGAAGUUGAAGAACUCCAUCUUGAAUUUGGGCGAUAAGGAGUACCGGCAAGCUACACUCGAGUUAGUUGUAGAAAAUUUGGGAAGAGUGAAUUAUGGAAAGCUGUACCAAUUCAAUCAGUUUAAGGGUCUCUGGCAAGGAAAUAUACUACUCAAUGGUUUAAAAUUGGAAAUAGAAGAAAUUAUACCUUUGGAGUUCAGAAAGUCAUGGACGAAAGAACUGAAAAACUGGCAAACAUAUGUCUUUCGUUCCGGUCCGAAAUUGUGCAAAGCGGAAUUAACAGUAGAUGAACCUCGAGAUACUUAUCUUGAUAUGAGAAAUUGGCAUAAAGGAAUUGUUAUUAUCAAUGGUUUUAUUUUGUCGAGGUAUAUGAAACUGGGUCCACAACAAACUGUAUAUUUGCCUGCUCCACUCUUGAAGAAGGGAGCCAAUAUACUACUGAUAUUUGAGCAUUUCAUUGCACAAAAUAAAAUUGAGUUUGUUGAAGACCCAAUUUUCCAAAAUAUAUGAAAAUUUUACAUACAUGUCUUCAAAUUUGCACAAAUAAAACAAUAUCGGUAA